UUUGGAGCAGAAAUGUUCGGAUGUUAAUCGAUCCCAGUCUUAUUUCCGCUCAUCCGCACGUGUUUCCACGCCCUGUGAUACCAAACCGGGCUCGGUUCCGGUUCAGUAAACGUGAUGAUGCCGUUAUGGUGCGAUAAUCUGGUUGCCUUGACAACGGGCCGCAGGUAGCUUGAAAACCAUCCUAAAAGCGUCUCCGGUUUUCUGCAGGUAAACUUUGUGCAGAGAAGCUGCGACUCUGAGUCGGUUUCUAGCAGGAAUUCGGCUCCGGUUCUGGUUCUGGUUCCGGUUCUGUGGCCGCAGCAGCACGUCGGGCCGAGGCAGUGGAGCAGAUAACAGCCCGGUUACAGAUUAACAGAAAUGGUCCGAGCUUUGGCAGGAACACCUGCAGCUCUCAGAUGUUUGUUUCAGACGCCGAGAUGGGAAGAACCGAACUGACGUCCUGCGUGCUGGUUCUGGUCGGAGCCGCGGCGGCCCAGACAGACCAGGCCGGCCAGUCGGAGCGGCUGCUGCCCCAGUGGCUGACGGGGAUCGUCGCCGUCUGCAGCUUCCUCCUCCUCACCUUCAUCGCUGCGCUGGUGAAGAAGGUCUGGUGUGAGUCCAGCAGGAGCUCCAGCGUCGACGCCGCCUUCGCUGAGACCAACCCGUACGAGACCAACCUGGACGGCCCGAGGCCGAGGAGCAGCCUGGAGUCGGAGAAGGGGAAGUACGAGACGCGGCUGGACCUCGCCAGGGCCAGAGAUGGCAGCAACGUCUACGACAACGUCAUCACCGCCGAGGAGAAAUCAACGGCCAUGUGAACGGCCAGCAGGCGUCCCGUUGGCUCCAGCCUUCCUUAAAUCAGAGUUCAAUCACGUGAUCCUGGCCAAGAGACCAGUAACCCAUAGCAACCAGAUCCCUGCAGCUGAUCCUUCCUGUCCAGAUCAAUCAGUUAUCUGAACUGUUAAUGAUUCACCGUUCAGUGAAAACAUGGUGAAAUGUUUCUGUUCUGUGUGAACCUGAUAAACGUUUGUAAUAAAUUGUUCUGAUCCGA